AUGAAAAGUCCUGGAGGUGCUCAGAACGGCGAGAAAUACCCUGUCGUCAACCCUUUACUCCAAGGACGCGAUGGCCAGAAGCUCUUUCACAUGGGAGAGCAAUAUGGCCUCAGCAAGAAAGAGUUUGACUACGCCCUGACCAUCCAAUCCCCGCGUCGUGGCGAGAGGAUCUUCUACCCUGUUCACGUCUUAUCAAGGUCUCAAGCUACGAUAAACAGAUGGGACGGGAAUUUGGUCAAGUCAUUGAGCCUUUAUACAGCUCGGACCAUGGAGAAGUACUGCAACAAAUGGGCAGUGGCCGUCACUCUUGACGAGCCACACGCUGCCGAAGCCAUGACCUACUUCUUCGCCACGUACUACUGCGAACGGUUUGCUCGGAUCAAAAGGACCAGGCCCACAGCAACCAGAGAGCAGAUGCUGUGGUACAACCUCGAUCGCUAG